AUGGCAGCAGGUGGCCACGCGCUGCGCGCCGUCGGUGACGUCGUCUUCUUGGGCGCGUACGGCCGGCUCUCGUUCCCCGCGACGAUCGCCGCCUUCGUGGAGGCGCUGCUCCAGGCGUGGGCGGAGGUCAGGGCCGGGCUGGUCGUGCCGCUGCUCCGUGCCGCGGUGGUGCUGUGCACGGCUAUGUCGGUGAUCGUGCUGGCCGAGAAGCUGUUCCUGGGCGCGGUCAGCCUCGUGAUGAAGCUGCGGCGCCGGCGGCCGUGGCGGGUGUACAGGUGCGACCCCAUCGCGCGGCCGGACGAGGAGGCAGCUGCCUAUCCCAUGGUGCUCGUCCAGAUCCCCAUGUACAACGAGAAGGAGGUGUACCAGCUAUCAAUAGGGGCAGCUUGCAGGCUCACAUGGCCGGUAGAUCGAUUGAUAGUGCAGGUGCUGGACGACUCCACCGACGCCGUCAUCAAGGAGCUGGUGAAGGGCGAGUGCGAGCGGUGGGCCGCGGAGGGGAUCAACGUCAAGUACGAGACGCGCAAGGACAGGGCCGGGUACAAGGCCGGCAACCUCAAGGAAGGGAUGCGCCACGCCUACGUGCGCGGCUGCGAGUUCGUCGCCAUGUUCGACGCCGACUUCCAGCCGGCGCCGGACUUCCUCGUCAAGACCGUCCCGUUCCUCGUCCACAACCCCAGCCUCGCGCUCGUGCAGACGCGCUGGAAGUUCGUGAAUGCCAACGACUGCUUGCUGACGAGAAUGCAAGAGAUGUCCAUGGACUACCAUUUCAAGGUGGAGCAGGAAGCCGGCUCUUCCCUCUGCAACUUCUUUGGCUACAAUGGAACAGCUGGAGUAUGGAGAACGCAAGCGAUUGUCGAGUCCGGGGGUUGGGAGGACCGAACUACUGCUGAGGACAUGGACUUGGCACUGAGAGCAGGGCUCUUGGGCUGGGAGUUCGUUUACGUUGGAAGCAUAAAGGUUAAGAGUGAGCUGCCAAGUACUCUGAAGGCGUACCGGUCCCAGCAGCACCGCUGGUCAUGUGGACCUGCGCUCCUGUUCAAGAAAAUGUUCUGGGAAAUUCUUGCUGCCAAGAAAGUGUCGGUUUGGAAGAAGUUGUAUAUGAUCUAUGACUUCUUCAUUGCCCGGAGGAUCAUAGGCACCUUCUUCACAUUCUUCUUUUUCAGCGUCCUGAUUCCUUUAAACAUUCUAUUACCAGAAGUGCAGAUUCCUGUGUGGGAGCUGAUCUAUAUCCCCACAGCUAUCAUUCUUCUCAACUCUGUUGGGACUCCAAGGUCUAUCCAUCUUAUUAUACUGUGGGUCUUAUUUGAGAAUGUAAUGGCACUGCAUCGGUUUAAAGCCAUCUUGAUAGGGUUUUUCGAAGCUGACAGGGCCAAUGAAUGGAUUGUUACACAAAAGCUGGGGAAUUUGCAGAAGCUCAAAUCCAUUGCCAGUCUUACAGGAAACUAUCAUUUCAAAGACAGUUCAUUGGUCUCAGAGUCUCCGAAGACUGACCAAUCGCAAGACACAAUCGAAAGUUUUGGUUGCAAUAUUAUGAUUGCUCAGAUGAAGGUGCAGAAAAUUGCAUCUGAAACACAACCAAUGUAUUUAGAUGUAAGAGUUGUGUACAGACGAUCAGAUCUUGCUGGCCGCGUGGACAGGGCUCACGCAGCAACCGCCUCCGCCAGCGUCGUUGCCUCCACCGCCCCCGCCGCAACCAACCCUUCCCGCGCCGUCGGCCGCGCUCGCCGAUCACUCCGCGGCUGUGCCGUCCGUGAGUCUCCCGGUGCUUCCGAGCACGGGCCUCCCCCUCCACCUGCUCCAGUGGCCGCCCUCGCCGUCACCAAUCCCGUCAUGGGCAAUGGCGGGUUCAGCGGCCGCUCCGGUCUACACCAUGGCUGA